GGAGGUGUACUAGACAUCCCUUUUGUUUUUGGGUGACAAAAAACGUAGAUUGAAACGACGUCGUACGAGUUCCCCCGCAAUGUUUUUGCUUCAACGUAACGACGCGGUACGUGUCGCGUGCAUUAAACGCGCAUCAAAAUCUGCCGCUUCAACAAGAAAUUUACGUUCUUCUGAAAAUUCCUUCAAACCUCAGACAGAAGGAGAAACCAAUUUAGGGUUUUUCCAAAUUUAACUUAUCAAAUUCUUCAUCAAUUUAGGGUUUUCACUGAUCACACUGCAGCCUCAUCGUUAAAUCUCAGAGGUUGUUUUGUUUUCAUGCUUGAUUGAAAUUUGCAAAUGAGUGAUACAAAAGAAAAGGAAGAAGCUGUCGAGGGCGUUCCCGCAGCUGUUAGUGUGGAGGAAGCUGGGCAUGUUGUUGAAAAUGAAAGUUCAAACCAAGUUUCAACUAGUCCACAAUUAAGAGAUGAUGAUAUGAUGAUUAUUGAUAAUCUUGCUGGUUUGGAUUCGUACCUUGAUCAAGAGAUGCAUCUUGAAGUUCAACCUGUUGUUGUAGAGGAACCUUCGAUGAAUGUUGAGAAUGUGUUGAAUGAUGUUAAAAUUGGGAAGGCGGAGUUAGCUGCCGAGGAUGAAAACGUGAAACCAAAAGUUGUUGCAGAAGAUAUUUUAAAAGAAAAUAUUCAGGAUACCCUUCACUCUGUCCCGGUUGAGGAUGAUACUCAAAUUUUGAUUACAACUGAGGGUGAAGAUACUUCGGAUGUGAAGGUGGAUGCCGAGAAAAUUCUUCAGAGUGAUAAUGGCGUUGAGAAUGAUGAUACUGCAUGUCAAAAUGGUGAUGCUGAUGCUGAAACGACAGCGGUGGAGGUUGAGGUGAAGCCUGGAGUUUGUGAAGCGGCUGAUGGUAAAACUUGUGAUAAUGAACCUAUAUCGUCAAGUCAUAACAAUCCUACUACACCACAACCUGACCCUUCUGAUACAAAUGAACCUAUACCGUCAAGUCACAAGGAUCCUAUUGCACCACAAACUUGUGAUAAUGAACCUAUAUCGGCAAGUCAUAACAAUCCUACUACACCACAACCUGACCCUUCUGAUACAAAUGAACCUAUACCGUCAAGUCACAACGAUCCUAUUGCACCACAACCUCCCCCUGCUGAUGUAAUGCCAGAAAGCAAGAAUGUUUUAGAAGAUGAAAGUAAGGCCGGUGAAGAGCAAGCUGCUGAGCCUGCAGAUAACGGGGUCCUGGAUUCGCCGCAGAACAUGUAUUUCUUGGAUCCUGAUCAUUAUUAUGAUGGUAAUGAGCCGGGAACGGAAGAGGACCAAGCCGCUUUUAUGAAGGAGCUUGAAAACUUCUUUAGAGAGAGGGGCAUGGACUUCAAACCUCCCAAAUUUUACGGAGAAACACUUAAUUGCCUUAAGUUAUGGAGAUCAGUGAUCAGAUUGGGAGGCUAUGAAAAGGUAACCUCAUGUAAGUUGUGGCGGCAAGUGGGAGAGUCUUUCAAACCUCCAAAGACAUGCACCACAGUUUCCUGGACUUUCCGGGGAUUUUAUGAGAAGGCCCUUCUUGAUUACGAAAGGCAAAACAUAAAAGGUGGUGAGAUGAAUGUGCCUAUCGCUUCUCCUCCAGAGCCUGCGAAUGUUGAAAAUCAGGCUAUAGCAUCAGGUAGAGCCCGGAGAUAUGCUGCUGAGCAGGCUAUGCGGGGUUGGCACUCACAACGUCUUCUUGGCAAUGGUGAAGUUAGUGACCCUAUUAUAAAGGAUCGGAAUUCUGUGUCUGUGCAAAAGCGUGAAAAGCAGCUGAAGAGCAUCAAUAUACUUAAACGUAAGAAACCAUCUUAUGUGGAUAACGCAGUCAAAGCAGCACGCAGUAAACCAUCAAGACCACAGUUGGAAACAUCUGUGGAUGACAUUGGACCUCCUGCUGAUUGGGUAAAAGUCAAUGUACAAAAAACUAAAGAUUGUUUCGAGAUAUAUGCUUUAGUUCCUGGCCUUCUACGGGAAGAGGUCCGUGUCCAAUCAGACCCUGCGGGACGUUUGGUCAUAAGUGGUGAGCCAGAGCAUCCCAAUAAUCCUUGGGGUGUUACACCAUUCAAAAAGGUUGUGAGUUUGCCCUCAAGAAUUGAUCCUCAUCAGACAUCAGCUGUGGUAACGCUGCAUGGACAAUUGUUUGUUCGUGUUCCAUUUGAACAGUCAGAAUAGUGGUUGCUCGUUGAUGUUUUUUUUACAAGUUACAGAUCUCCUUUGCCAUUACUUAUAGGAUAGUUGACCUAGAAAACAUCAAUUUAUAGCUUAGUGUAGAAUAUAUAUUUUGAUGCUAGGGAUAUUUAAUUAAAAAUGGCCGUACAUGAUUUUCUCAAGCAUUACAAUUUGACCAUGUUAAUGUUAAUAUGUGCCUAGUUAGGAUUCUGUAAUUGUUGAAAUGUUAUUAAAUUGGCAAGUUGGUUAGUUAUUGAGAUUACAUUGCUGGCAACAAGUAUCAAUUUGGAGCACUUGAGCUCAAGGCAUCCAAGAAAUUGUAAGUAUCCUCAAUGAGAACGGUGUUUUCUUGAUGGCUAAAGUUGAAUGUUAAAGAAUGUAAAACAUUGGGGUUGUUUUUUGGUUAUCAAUUGUAUUAUUGAUAUUAACUUGGA